AUGAUUGAUGAAGAUUCCAAAUAUUUUUCGCUCAGCGGCGAUGUCCGCAUCGGAGGGCCAAGCACAUGGCACAUCACCGAUUGGGAUCAAAGGAGGGUAAUUUCUGUCACGAUGGACGACGAGCAAGACGACGAGAGCAUCGCCAUCCAACACCUCAGGCGCCAUAGCAGUAAGCUUCCACCCAGUGUGUACAGGAUACACGUAUCCAAUACCGGCGAGAUCAUCACUGCAUAUACCGAUGCAGAGAAUGACGAGACUUGCUGUGUACAUUACCCGCGCCUUGAAGAGAUCUCCCUUCCGGAAGGAGUCCGAACAAUACGCCGGGAUAGGCUCGAGGAGCUUGAGAGGCUUGGUCCUGACACUGACCUUGUCACAUAUCCUCCAUGCUCCAGUGAGCCUGUCAACAAGGUGGUGUUCAAGUACUACUUUUUAUGGCAGUAUGCGCAAAAGUCAUGGAAAGAGAUGAACCUAUGGAUGCGGCUGCCCUGUCAUCCAAAUAUCGUCCCCUUCGACCGCGUCGUUCUUGACGAGCUCGAGGGCCGCGUGGUGGGAUUCACCAACCGCUAUGUAUCCGGCGGUACUCUAGAAGAAGACAAAUCACGAAUUUUCCGAUUGAAAUGGCUCCAACAGCUUAUCCAAGUCGUAGACGACUUGAACCUUCGAUAUGGCAUCUCACAUCAAGAUAUUGCUCCACGAAACCUUGUGGUGGACGAACCAAGCGAUUCGAUAAUGCUCCUCGACUUCAAUUUCGCCGCACGCAUCAAUCGCCCUGCGACUGAAGAUGGCGAGGGCGAAUGGCACGACGAGAACCGGAAUGAUGUCAAAGGCGUCAUCUUCACUAUCUAUGAGAUUAUCACUCGAGACAAUAGCUUCCGCGACGCACCCCACGAAGAGCAGAGCAUCGACAGCCUCCCUUUGGAGUGGGUCAAGCAUCAAGAAGUACAAUUAGAUCGCCCCAUUGUCGAGUAUCGGCAAGCGCUUCAAGAAUGGCGAGAUAGGAGGGCUUUAGACCCAGGAUCAAGAGACGUUCCCAAAGCCAUCAACUGGCCUCCUCGGCCGAAGCCCCCGAAAGUCAGUAUACCCAUGGCAGACGUGCAUGGAAGCCCUUGCUCAAUAACCAUGGAUCAAUGGUAUGAGAGGAGACAGGCUAUAAUACGAAGAGGCGGAAAGGUACUGAACUGGGAGCGACCGCCACAGAAGGUGCUGGAUGACGGAAGGCGGCUUCUUUCAACUGGCAAGGUAAUAGAUUGCUAG